UUUAGCUGUGAUCGUGAACAAUUGAAGUUUUGGAGUGAAACAAUUAAUUUAUAAAUUAUGGGAGAUUUUGAAAAAAGGAGAUUAUCGAACAUGUUUAGUUCUUUAAGACCUAAGCAAAAAGCUGCAGAACUGAAGAAAAAAAUUCUGCAGUCGAGAUCUUCACUUUCAGCAUUAGUACUCGCAAAUGCUGAAAAUAAUCUUUAUUUAUGUCAAAAUGGAAUUGAUAUGCCAAUAUUUACUUCAGAGAUGAAAGGAAUAAAACCGACAGUUGCAAAAAAAAUUUCACCUAAAGAAAUAACAAUUUUUGAAUCAAUAGAAAAUGAAACAGACAAUGACGAAAGCCAGAGAGAAGUUAAUGACGUCGGCAAACACACACCACACAUUCUUGAAAUUGUUGAGAAACACAAACAUAAAAUCAUCCUAGAUGUUCAAAAGCUGUUAAGAAGCAACAAUAAUUUCGAUUCUAAGGAAAACUUAAAUGAUGAUGAAUACAUAGCAGUAAAUAAUAUAACUGCAGAGGCUUAUAUGAAGGAUGUCUUUAAUGCUGCACAUAUGGAACGGUUAAAUCUGGAAACGCAAUCAAGAGAAUCGAUUGUCAAUGCUGUAGACACUUCCGAUAAAUUAUGUACACCAGAAGCAACAAUAAUUGAUAACAUAGAAGCUCAUGCUGCACUUAUACAAGUCAUUCUGAAAUAUGAACUUGAAGUUUCAAGAAUGCCGCACUAUAAGUGGAAUGAAAAUUUUAGCGUGACUGCAAAAAAAAUAUUAAAACUUCAUUCUGAUUUUCAAUUAAAUGAAGAUUUAAGUAUUUUAUUUGCAAAGUGGACUGCUUACGUAGGAACUCAUCAGCAAUAUCCACUAAGUCUAGAAAGUUUUCAUACUAUUCUGGAAAAAGUGAUUUGUCAAUGCACAAAAGCAAAAAGAAACAAAGCAUUUAAGAUAAAACUACCUGGUGUAAAAAUCUCCCCUGCAGCAAUUGCAAGAGUCUUAAAAGCUGGGAUUGUUCAAAAAGGAAUUUCAGAUUCCUCAAACAGCAACAAUAUCCAUUUAAAAGCAAAAACAGAAGUUGUGAAAUUCUUUUGGAAAUCAGCAUAUGAAUUAUUUGACAAUUUUCUUAGUUUUGUUGAAAACCUUCAUUAUGAUAUAAAUUCAUCGAACGUUCUCGCAAAGGGACAAACAUUAAAGAAAAUGUUCAUUAUUAUCAAGAAAUUUGAAAAUAUUGAAAUUCCAGAUGAUUAUGAGGAGAGAAAUUUCAAGGAAUGCGUAAAAGAAUCUUUAAUUUUUGGAACUAAAGAGCAUCUUAAGAAGAACAUUAAUAUCAAUGUCUUAGAAGACCCAAAUUUGAGCACGUCAAAAGUUGUAGAAUUGAUUAACAUCCUGAAAUUUGUAUUACGUCAUUUAGAAGAAUUUGAUGGAAUAUAUGGCCUUGUCUUUGAAUUUUUUUAUAAGGAAUCCACAUACGAAUUAUUAUUUUCUGUCUAUGAUUCUGAACUUACAAAAAUCAUAAAACCUGCAAUCUCAAUAAUUGGGAAGAUUAAGAAUGAGGAUAUUAAGGAUUAUAACGAAGCAGACAAGGAUGGAUUAAAUAAGAUCAUUGAACUUUACAGUGAACUUAAGAAUUUUACAGAUCAUGUUGAGAAAAAACUUGCAAAUGGAAAUUUUAAUUUAAAAAAAUAUAAGCAGUGGUUUAUAGCUGAAAUUGAUGUUUGGAGGAAGUUGAUUGAAACAAGAGAUCUUAUCAGAAUUGACAAAUCGAUUGAAAUUGACGAAUUAAAACUAGAAUUCUAUAAUGCAAAGUAUUCAUCUUCUGCAAUUGACACAAUUCAAAUACUGUACGGAACGAAAAAGUUUUGGGAAAAUCUUAAUUGGUUUAACACAAGUGAAAAAGAGAAUCUUGUUGAGAAAAUCGCUAUGGAUAUAUGUCAUGUUUCUGUUAUGUAUUUCGAAAGAUUUAUGGAGAAAAUUGAAAAAUCUGUGGAAAAUGAAAAGAAGACGAUUGACAAAGUCUCAUCACAUUUAUCAGUAGCCAUCGGAAACUACAAGCACAUUUGUGAAAAUAAUCAAAACUUAAUGAAUGAGUUCAUUUUAAAUAAUAAAAUCACGGAUGUAAGUGCCAUACAGAAACAUGUUGAUAACACAAAAGAAAAUUUGUGUGAAAAAGUUCAUCAGCUGUUGGCUACAAUAUUAAAGUUAUUAUAUCCAACAAUAAGAGAAAUGAUUGUCGAAAAUGCAAAGAAUAAAAACUUUAAUGACCAUGAUUUUUUCAUGUGUUUAACGAGACACAUUGAAGAUAUGCUAACUAUAUUGCAUGACGAGCUAGCACGAAAUGAAUUUGGAGUGGCAAAAUCAAUUUUAUUGCGUGAUAUUUUGGAAAUGUUUUCCGAAAUAGCGCAAGACUCAAUCAAUGAGAAAAUGUCACAAAUCUUUUUUAUAAAUCUCCUAAAAAUUUUCUCUUCAUUAAAGCACACUUUUCAGUACAUAGAAUCAGAGAAUACUAUAAACAAAAAUAAGAAAGCACAAAAAAUUGAAAAGUUAUUAGAAUAUUAUGCCGUAGAUACAUCGCAACUUAUUCUUCGAUACUUUAAGGAUCGAUAUGAAAUUCAGAAACAAGCUGGCAAAAAUUUGUCUAUUCCACAAAGAUUUUUAACAGUUAAAUGUGCUUUUAGAGGCUUAAAACUUAAAAUAGAAAUAUUAAGUGCUAACGAGCUUAACACGUAUGAAAUGAAUAGAAAAUGUGAUUCAUACGUAAAAUUUUAUAUUAUUCCUGAGAGAUUGUUUCCAACACAUCAAAACUUUAAGACUAAAGUUCAACAAAACAAUAAUUUUCCAUUAUACGAGGAAGCUUUUGAGAUCGAAUUGACAGAAGAACAAAAAAAUAUGAAGGAUGCUAUACUAUACUUUAAUAUUAAGCACAAAUACUUAAUUGCAUCAAACGACUCUAUAGGUGAAGCUUUUUUAUCUUUCAAGGAUAUUCUAGAGGAAUCAAAAAAUGCAAAUCCAGUGAAGUUGACACUAACGAGAUUACAAAGCGAUGAUCUUGAAUCAUUCAAAGCAAUUCAAUACAGAAGUCAAACUGGAGACAAAGAAACUAAAGAUAUGCUGGUAAAAUUCACUAAAUUACCUAAAGCUAUUUAACGACAUGCUUCAUCGAGCAAUUAAAAAGAACUUAUUAAACAGCUUAAAAAUAUUUUCAUUUAACUAGAACUGUAUUUUAUACUUAAGUCAAUAAAAUAUGAUUUACC